CUCAUUCCUCUCCACACUUUUGCAUUCGUUGCGCGCCCUCACACUCGCACAAAGGGUAGAUGCGUGUGCUUGCAUAGCGCUUGUCUGGGGUCUUUUUCCACCCCGACAGCAAGUCGUGCUCCUUGCCACAGCAGUCACAUAGCACACCCACCAACAAUGACAUCCACAAACUCUUCAGCGCUCACCAAGCGCAGCGCCUCUACCGCGCUCAUGCCGCCUCCUCUCGCACCGAAGCGCAUAAAGCGGCCCUCUGUAGUCCUGGACGAGGACACAUACACGUCGGCCAUAUCACACAUCAUCCGCCGCGACUUCUUCCCCGGGCUCGCCGAAGCAGACGCGCAACGCGAGUACCUCAACGCCGUCGAAAGCCGAGACAAGUCAUGGAUCAGAGACGCGGGGAAGAAACUGACCGUGGCCAUGACGCCCGUGUCCGGUGGGCGGAGAAAGGCUGCCGAGAGGACGCGAUUCGCCAGGGGAGGUGUUGGGGCAGGCGACAAGACGCCGAGUGUUUGGGGCGCGGACACACCGCUCACUGUCGCUGCCACGGAAUUCGAGGAGGAUGAGGAAGGAUCGGGCAAACUGGACGACGUGGACAUGGACAUGAGUCUGGGGGCUUUCCAGGCAAAGUACACGUCCGAGGACCAGGAGAGCUUCUCGCAGAUCAUCGACAAGCACAAUAAGAAGAAGUUUGAGAAGAAUGUCUGGCUGAGAGAAGGGAACAUGUACGCGAGCAAGCAGCGGCUCGCGCAGCAGAAACUCCUCGCCGCAGCCUCAGCCACUACUUCCACAUCGAAAGAUGUCGUCGUCGCCCGCCCAAGCCAGAACCUAGACGACCGCCCCGCAGCCCCCACAACACACAAACAUGUCCCCUUCAACACCCUCAUGUUCGCCCCCGAAAGCGUCGAGUCCUGGACCGCCACCCGCGCCCAACGCGCCGAAGCCGCCUCCCUCGCGCCCCCAAAACAAGUCUUACACGCAAACACACGCCUCCCCGCCCCGGCCGCCGACCCUCCGCGUCCGUCCAGCCCAACCCUCUCCGCGAUCCGCGACGCCGUUGCAGGUCGCCCAAGACUGAAUCCCAGCGAAGCAGCAUACACCGGCAGCGAAACCCCGCGCGUAAAUGGUUACGCCUUCGUCGACGCCGUGGCCCCCGACCCAGAAGACGACGACGACGACGACGCGCCAGAAGAUCUCCUCGAGCGGUACGGCGUGGGCCGAAGCACAGCCACGCCCUUCAGCAUGGCCGAGUCCUCGGCCCGCGAAAAAAUGCACUUUAAGAUGGUGGACAGGAUCGGUGCGCAGCGCUCCAGCGGUGGUGGGAAUGCAAAUGCAAAGGGUAGCAGUAUCGGUGUCGGUGUAGGUGCCGGGUUGGGCAUCUUCAAGGGCGACACGCCCAGGUUCUUGUCUGCGCCUACGCCUGCGGCGAGACUUGGGGGCGCGCAGACCCCGAGGAGGGCGAAGGCGGAUUUGACGCCUGCUGCGCAGAGGUUGUUUGAACGCGUGGGUGGGGGGACGCCGAGGGGGACGCGGGCUGGGAGUGGGAGUGGGAGUGGGAUACAUGAACAGGCCUGCGCGAAGUGCUCGAGCAGGUCUUGA